UUCAAGGCUACCAACAUUGCGAAAAGUCCACCAUCUUUGGGCAGCUGAUAUUUGUGUUAUUUAAAUAUUUUGUGAAAAUAAAGUGACCCUGUGAUUGAAAAUGGGCGCCUCUUUCGUUCCUAUCACCAUCUUUACAGUUUUCUGGGGUGUGAUUGGGAUUGUGUGCCCAUUUUUUGCUCCUAAAGGACCUAAUAGAGGAAUCAUCCAGGUGGUGUUAAUGUUAACGGCUGCCACUUGCUGGUUAUUCUGGCUGUGUGCUUAUAUGGCCCAGAUGAACCCACUGAUAGGACCCAGAUUGAACAAUGAGACACUCAUCUGGAUAGCUCGCAGCUGGGGCAAUAAGGCAGUAUAAGCUGUUAUCAGAGUCUUCGAAAUUAUUUAUAAAACUGUAAUUAAAGAAUAAUUUAAAUCCAGUAUUUUCAAAUUUAAUGCAACAAUCCACUAUUUUGAUUGAACCACAUUGUGAACAACUUUCUAUUAUUCAAUAAGGCUAUGAACUUUGCAUCUAAGCUAGAAUUUAAAAAUCAUUCCCAAAAAUUUGUUAUAAAAAAUUAUAAGUUGACAAAAAUGGUUAUUGUGUUAGUGUUGGCAUUCUUGUAAUAAUUUUUCUUAAUAGAUAUUAAGAUGUAAAUAAUAUCUCUGAACUUUUGAAGCAUUUUAAAUCAGCAAAAUAUAUUAUGUUGUAUUUAUAUUAAACAUGACUUGAAGCAGGCUAUAUCAGCUAAGCAAAUAACAGAAAAGCCAGUUAAUAACAUAAGUUUAAAAGUUUAGCUUAUCGAAUGAACCCUUGACACCCAAAUGAAUUUCAAUAUGUUUGAUAUUCCAUCAAUCAUUACAUAUUUAAAGAGAACACUACUAAAAUUUUUAUUUAAAAAUGGUAAAGGCUUACUUUACAGCCUAGCCUUAACAACGUGUGGAUUGUAUUGAUUCUACAAAUAGAAAAUAACGCCAUCUAUGGGAUGUUGCACAAACUUCUUUGACAUCGUAAUUUAUGGUAUUUGGGUGCUGCCAACUUAUAGCUAUUCUUAUGAACGCAUGAUAUUGUCAUUAAUAUGUGUAUGAAUGUUUUUUUGAUUCAAUCUUGUUAUAUUUCAUUCCAUUUCCAGACUUGUAAAGAUUAUUGAAGUGUAUAUUAAUUUGUAGAUAUAUUCUGUUUAAUAAAUAUAGUAUUUAAUGUU